UUGAAAAUUCGAAAAUUGAAAUUUGCGUUUACAUCUAAAUUUUUAUUAAAUAUUAUUAAUUUAUAAAAUCCAGCGCAGAAAUUCAUGAAUGGGUGCUAAUAACUCCGCCCCACAAACGGCACGCAUUGAAAAUCCGGAAAGCAGGAUUACUGUCCAAGUUUCGCCGUCGGUUGUCACGCGCAUAGAAAAUGCUCAAAAUCAAGACGAGGAAAAGCUAGAUAUAAAAACAUUACAUAAUGCUGCCGUUCGUAAUUUGGAAGAUCUGCAGGAACGAGAACACCAAACCAGUAUACGGCAAUACGAACAAGAACAACAGCAAAAACAACAACAAUCGCAGCAAGAACAAUCGAUGCAACAGCCUGAACAUCAAAAACAGCAGCAGCAGCAGCAGCCAUACGAGAAUAAAGGUAGGUCGUAUGGACAGCAAUCAUAUGAGAAGAAAUCGGAUGAGCAGCGAUCGUACCAGCAUUCGUAUACGCAUAAUCUAAAUCAAAGACGUGACCGCGAAAAUGGAAUCCGUUCACCUGGCGAAUUCCUGGACGGCGGUAAAUACAAUCAAUACGAAGAUCGUCAAUUCAGCAAGUGUAUGGCGAAUUUGGAAAAUUAUUUAAGCAGACCCGUGCAAUGGACGAAUAACAUUGACGGUAAAAUAUUAGAGCUACGAAACGAAUUAAUUGCAUGCCAUCGCAAACAUCCAGGCGAACCAUUAUGUUGUGCGGAAUUGGCUGAGAAAUAUCAAGAUUUGAUAUUCCGCGAACAAUUCUUAAGUAUAUUGCGAUUUAAUCGUAAAAGCGACGAAGAAGGACAAGAUCAAGAUCGAGAUCGAGACGUAGAUGUAGAUGGAGAUGGAGGUGGAGAUGCCGAUGGAGAUGGAAAUGGAGAUGGAGAUGAUGAAGAACAGUCGCCAAAACACGAACUUUCAGAAGAGCAAACGGAGGAGAUCAAUUAUUGCGCUUCACAAAAUUAAAUUUAAAUACAAGAUUAUCUAAUGGCUUAGUCCAUCUCCACCCAACAAUCCAAAAAAAAAAAAAAAAUAAAAUAAAAUAAAUAAAUAAAUAAAUACAAGAUUUACUUAGGCGCGUAUGA